AUGGCAGAUGCGAAAUAUAACCCUAAACAUCAUGGACAUGGAUCUCUACCUAAACCUAAACAUCAUGGUCAUGGAUCUCAACCUAAACCAAAACAUCAUGGACAUCAUCCUAAACCGCUUCGGAAUCCUGGGGCGAUUAAUUGUUCAGUUUAUAAUUUGAAUGUACACGAUAUGUACACAACUUUUCAGCCUGAUCCCAUUGGCCCUCCCGGGUCCGUUAUACAAUUUUUCGUUUCUCAGACACUAGAUCAACUGAGUACAGUAACCACAAAGUUAUUGUUUGGAGUUACUGAUUCAUUGGGUAACUUGAUAGGUUAUACCGUGCAUCCAGUUGAAGCAAAUAUACCCGUUAUUCAAGGUAAUUACAAUGCUAUAGUGCCUGAUUUUAUUCCUGAUAAUUAUACAGUUACAAUUGUAAUAAGUGACAUUGAUGGAGCUAGUUUCU